CCGUCGCCGGCGAAGACGUCGCCGGGCCCCGGGAAGGUGGGCACCGGCUCCAACCGCCGCCUGGGUGGCGUUCGCGCUGCUCCCAUGUCUUCACCCCCGGGGCGUCGGGCUCGCCUGUCGGCCCCGGGCACAAACACCUCGUCAGUCGAAGCCCGUGAGGAGCUGCGGCGCCGUCUCCAGGGCCUCAUUGAGGGCAACCGCGUGAUGAUCUUCAGCAAGAGCUACUGUCCGCACAGCACGCGGGUGAAAGAACUCUUUUCUUCUUUGGGAGUUGAAUAUAAUAUCUUGGAACUUGAUAAAAUUGAUGAUGGGGCCGCUGUUCAAGAAGUUCUGUCAGAGAUCACAAAUCAGAGAACGGUACCCAAUAUUUUUGUGAAUAAAGUACAUAUGGGUGGAUGUGACCGAACUCUUCAGGCACAUCAGAGUGGUUUAUUACAGAAGGUCCUUCAGGAAGAUUCACAUGAACCUUCAUAUGAUUAUGAUCUCAUUGUCAUUGGUGGUGGUUCUGGUGGCCUUUCAUGUGCUAAGGAAGCUGCCAUUUUGGGAAAGAAAGUUAUGGUGCUAGACUUUGUGAUCCCAUCACCUCAUGGCACAACCUGGGGUCUUGGUGGUACGUGUGUAAAUGUAGGCUGUAUUCCUAAGAAAUUGAUGCAUCAAGCUGCUCUUUUAGGACAGGCGUUACAUGACUCAAGGAAAUUUGGCUGGGAAUAUAAUCAACAAGUGAAGCACAACUGGGAGACCAUGAUCGAAGCAAUUCAGAACUACAUAGGCUCUUUAAACUGGGGUUACAGGGUGUCUAUGAGGGAGAACGCAGUGGCCUAUAUCAAUUCCUACGGAGAGUUUGUUGAACAUCACAAAGUAAAGGCAACCAAUAGAAAAGGACAAGCAACUUAUUAUACUGCAGCAAAAUUUGUUAUAGCAACAGGUGAAAGACCACGGUACUUAGGAAUCCAAGGAGAUAAAGAAUACUGUAUUACUAGUGAUGACCUUUUCUCUCUGCCUUACUGCCCUGGCAAAACUUUAGUUGUGGGUGCAUCUUAUGUGGCUCUGGAAUGUGCGGGAUUUCUUGCUGGUAUUGGAUUAGAUGUCUCAGUAAUGGUGCGUUCAAUCCUUCUUCGUGGUUUUGAUCAAGAAAUGGCAGAGAAAGUGGGUUCCUACAUGGAAGAACAUGGUGUUAAAUUCUUAAGAAAAUUUGUACCUGUGAUGAUUCAACAGCUGGAGUCAGGCUCACCUGGAAAGCUGAAAGUAGUAGCUAAAUCCACUGACGGACCAGAAACUAUUGAAGGAAUCUAUAACACAGUUUUAUUAGCAAUUGGUCGUGACUCCUGUACAAGAAAAAUUGGCUUGGAGAAGAUUAGUGUCAAAAUCAAUGAGAAGAAUGGCAAAAUACCAGUAAAUGAUGUGGAACAAACCAAUGUGCCCUAUGUCUACGCUAUUGGGGAUAUUUUGGAAGGAAAACCAGAACUGACUCCUGUAGCCAUACAGGCAGGCAAGCUGCUAGCUCGAAGACUUUUUGGAGGCCGUAUAGAAAAGUGUGAUUAUAUUAAUGUUCCAACUACAAUAUUUACACCUUUGGAGUACGGUUGCUGUGGAUUAUCUGAAGAGAAAGCUAUUGAUGUAUAUGGAAAAGAGAAUCUCGAAGUAUAUCAUACUUUGUUCUGGCCUCUUGAGUGGACAGUAGCUGAAAGAGACAACAAUACUUGUUAUGCAAAGAUAAUUUGCAAUAGACCUGACAAUGACCGGGUAGUAGGGUUUCAUAUUCUUGGACCAAAUGCUGGUGAAGUUACCCAAGGAUUUGCAGCUGCCAUGAAAUGUGGUCUUACAAAACAGCUACUCGAUGACACCAUUGGAAUUCAUCCUACAUGUGGGGAGAUAUUCACCAGCUUGGAGAUCACAAAGUCAUCGGGACUGGCUAUCACUCAGAAAGGUUGCUGA